AAUCCUUCCAGAAUCAAACAGUACAAUCAACUAACUGUACUCGAUGACUUUGACUCCUUGGAUGAGGACUCGGACGACGAAGAGAAAAAGCAGAAGAAAUCGGAUUCACAGGAAACAAAACCUUUGCAAAGUUUGCCAGAAGUCCGCCAGUUGCCAUCGGAGACCCCGCAGACGGUCACCAGGACGCCAUUAGCGCAGGAGGAGAGGCAACCGAUCUCACCACACACAUCCUCCGGUAAUCCGGUUGAAGAAGAUCAGUCAGUCCUUUCCGGUGGAGAAGAACUUCCACCCGUCUGCUCGACUGAUGAGGAGUCCUCGCCCUCGUUGGACCCUGUGGCACCUCCGACCUCAGAUUCUAUUGCUGUAUCACCUAGUCCAGCCUCUGUUCCCGACCCCCAGGAGUACAUCCGUAUGUUGAAAGAGGUGAAUCGUCUUCGUGAAGAACUGCAACGCGUUCAAGGAGUGACAGCUCCCCAGGAGGCCCUAAAGACCGAGGACAUAAAGUCUCUUACGUAA